AUGGCAUCGUCUUCAAGAAGAGGAAGAGGAAGAGGUCGCGGUGGAGGAAGGAAUGAAGACCCCGUCGUUCAAUUGUCAAAGACGCUCUCGUACAUCUUGAGGCACGGUGCCAAGGGUGAAGGGUUGGAGAUGCGUCCAGAUGGUUAUGUUAAACUCGAAGACUUGCUCAAAAGACCAAAGCUGCGCGGAUAUGGCUUCAACCAGAUCAGAGACGUCGUAGAGGAAAACGAUAAACAGCGAUUCACUCUGCUAUUAGAACCAUAUACCACGACGUCUUCAUCUGCUGCGCCUGACACCGCAGUACCUAUCACAAUUCCAUCUAAAUUGGCGGAUGACUCCUCAGACAUACUCAAAGACCUGGAUAUGAACUCAGGGACAUGGUACAUCCGAGCAAAUCAGGGUCAUUCUCUCAAGGCAAGUGCUUUCGAUUGCAAAGUGGAACAGCUUGAACUGAAACCAGUAGAAGAUCCUUCCGAGAUUCCAAUAGCCAUCCACGGGACUACCCUCAAAGCCUGGGACAGCAUCAAACAAAAGGGACUCUCUAUCAUGGGAAGAAAUCAUGUUCAUUUAGCCGCAGGCAAGCCAGGCGCGUCUGGUGUUCUUAGUGGAAUGCGCACGAGCUCAGCUAUCCACAUUUACAUCGAUGUUGAAAAGGCAAUGGGAGAUGGGCUCAAGUUUUUUGUCUCAUCAAACGGGGUCAUCCUGACGGCCGGGGAUGAAGAAGGAUUUCUAUCCAAGCGGUACUUUAGCAAAGUGGAGAGAUCAAACGGUACUCCAAUGCCAGAUGAUUGGAGGGAAUGA